UAAUGAGUUUAUGUAUAUCCUGGAAACCCUAGUUCGUCUUUCCUCUGUUGCAUCUGUUGAAACAUGGGCAGCAAAUUAUUCUCUUGCCUACCUGUGCGGCGCAACCUGUUUCUCAAAACCCUAACUCAUUUCUGCUUUAAUUUCUCAACUCUUUCAGAGGGUAACGCUAGCAACAGCAAUGCUCCUUCACAAAAUCUCUUCCUGUACUUCGUUACCACCAGAUUUAACAUGUCUUCAGCCGACGUCGCAAAAAUGUUGAAAUUGAAUCCCACCUUGGGACGGCUCAAAACCCUGGAUAAGGUUGAACAGCUCGUGAACAUGCUCAACAGACACGGCUGCGCCGAAGAUCAGAUUGCAAACAUUAUCAGAACUCAGCCCUCGCUAAUGACGACAAGUGUGGAAAGACUGCUGGAGCCCAACAUUCAAGUGCUAAAAGAUUUGGGCUUGGAGAGGGAAAACAUAACCAAAAUCGUAACCAGCUCUCUGACGCCCGAGCAACUUGAUCUGAUUCGCAAGAUUGGCAUUCAAAAGGAAAGCAAAAUGUACAAAUACGUUGUGAGUGUUGUGGCCAAAAGCCGCAUCGAAGUGUUAAAGGCCAAGAUAAACAAUCUUCAGCUUUGCGGGUUCUCUCCUGAAGAAGCCUUGGAAGUAGUUAGGUUCUAUCCUUCAGUCCUCGAGAUAUCGGAGGAACACGUUCAGAAAAAGAUGGAGUUUAUGUUCAAUCACAUGGGACUCUCUGUAGACUUUGUGACAAAACAUGCACGCAUGUUUACAAUGAGUUUGGACAAGGUAAUGAGGCCCAGGUUUUCAGUUUUGCGAAGUAUGACAGCAAUGAAUAGAGCAGGGGAGGUUAAGCAGACACGAAUUUAUUCUGCGUUGAAGAUCAAGGAGGCCAAGUUUGUUGCCCAGAUCAUAGAAGGGCAUCCUGAAUCCGCUGCUCUGUGGACUGUUUAUAAAAAUGCCAUUGCUAAUGUUUCAGAAAGCUCAAAAACUCAAAGAUAAAAGAGGUUUUCAGUUUCUUAACAUUUGAUUGUUUUUUAUUUGUUAUACACGUGAGAUUUGAAAUGGUGGUGAUCCUGGUCCUAACCCUUUUUCUCCUGAGAGCAACAAUACCAGAGAACAUGUGGAUGCACAAACAGCCCAUGAUUUGGGAUUGUAAUAGUUUUUCAAUCAAGGUAUGUUUAUAAAUUGUUAUAUAAUUACUUUCUUUA